GACCACCUUGGCUACGUACUAUUUCUUUGAGUCCUGCAAUUUCGCUUCAACAACCUCAAAACAUAAUAUCUAUUUUCCUCUGAACAACUCCUAAUCCACUUUGAACCAGCAGAAAGCGAUACUCUACCACUCUGGACCCUGGAAGACGCGUCGCCUCAUUGACGAGAGUCGGGCUGUGCUACCGAUACAACAACCUGAGUUCCAUGUGUCUGAAAGCGACUUUCCCAAGUCUCUCAAAUCCAUUCUGCACACUUUCGCGUCAAUCUCGAGGAAACCAGGACGGGAUGGUUCGACAGAGGAAGGAUCAUAUUCCCUUGACGUGCGAAUCCCUGUUCGCGCACAAUAUCAGCAGCCCGCAAGUCUACCAUGCAACGGGGAACUCGUCUAGCCCUUCUGAACGUUUUGCCAGAUUUCCGAUUUUCACAGCACUGGAAAUUUUACGCCUGAUUGGAUCUUCCUAUCCUCAGCAUCCGGCCGUUGGACUCUGGAAUUCUACACCCACAGGGUCGAGACGACAACGAACGAGUAUCUAUACGAUGGCUACCGACCGGUUUUAUUCACCCCACUUUUCCUUCUCCUCUCUCCUCUCCCUCAUUCUCUCGCUCUCAUGUCCUCCCAGACGUCUUUUCCCCUUCUUUGGGCUCUUCUUCAACGAGCUCUUCUGAUCGUUGUACGCGUCCUUGAUGCUGGCGAAGUCGAUGGACGUGAUCUUCUGAUUGCCAUCACCCGCCUUUCCCGAC